AUCACCCCACGCCAACCGACCUAGUUUCGUAUACCAUGGUCUCUGCCCUUGCUGCCACCGUUCCCGUGAACCCGCCCGGCGCGACGCCCGUCCUGUCCGAGGCGCAGGUCUGGGAAGGCCUCGGGAUCAAAGCGCGCAACCCGAAGAGCUUCGUUGCCGCCAUCACCCACUGCGAGCUUGUUUACGAUAGCCCGAACAAGGUGACGCGCAGAGUCAAGUUCGGCGAGGACGCCCCGCUCGCGACGGAAGAGAUCGAGCUGCACGAGCCCGCGAUCGCUUACUUCGAGGUCUCGCUCGGCAACCGCAUCACGAACAUCGUCUCCUACAGCCCGUCCGGCGAGCUGCUGCUCACAUUCAGCUUCGCGAACGGCAUCCCCGGCGUGCCCACUGACGAGGCGACGCCUAACGUCCAGAUCGCGAAGGGACUUGCAGGCGGUAUCCAGCAUUCGAUUGACCGCAUCCGGGAGCUCGUCGUGGACGGCACGAUCAAGGCGAAGUAAGGCUAGGGAAAGCACGAAUCGCUCGCACUUCUACGCGUACUUAUGUAUCAUCAUCUGUUGAGUUGCAAUCUGGAUAAACCUCUUCAAGGCGUGUGCGUGCAGCCCUACGCUUG